AUGGCUACAAGACAUCGAAGACAGCCUAGCAUUAACUCACAAACGUUCGCUGUCCAGGCACCGGAUGUCAGUGACCAAGAUGAUGAGGAUAUGUCCACUGAUAGUUACCAGGACUCGCUUGAAGAUGAGAGUGCGAAUAGGGAGUUUGACCCUGUGGAAUACCUCACAGACUCUUUGAACUCAGCACUGGCCAGUAUGGAAAUGAAUAGGUCAAUUGUUAUUCAGGCUCAAACCUCUGGUGCUCUGAAAGGUAAAGAAAUGGAGCUAGAACAAUUGCAAAAGGAAGCUCAAGAGAGGCUACUACAAUUCCAAAGCAGGUUCAAAGAGGGUUUAAAGACUUUGAAGCAAGUGACUAAAGAUUUGAAAUGGACUCAACAACAUGUCAACUCGCUAAAGAAGCACGUUGAAGCGAAACAUCCAAUCGAGUAUUCACAAUCAAAAGAUAAAGUCUUAUCAAGAGCCAUCAACAUUGAUGAGAUUACAAAUUCAAAGGACAAAAGUAAUGAUGAUGAUGAAGAAAUUUAUAUUUAA